UUGUUAGCAGCUUAGCAUGCUAACCGGAGAGCUAAUCUGAGAAUCAUCCGGACCAGCGACCCUCCGGAACACCGCCCGGUCCGCCGCCUGCAGCCCGCCGCUCUGCUCUCCGGCCGUGAUGGAUGUGAGCUAACAGCCGGGCCGGGACGCUGUGCCCCGGAUCCGUGGGUGUCUGCUCUCCAGUCGAGCCCCGCAAGUCUCCCGGGGGCCGGGGCGCGGCAGAGCUCCAAGCCGCCGCACAAGCCCAGACUCCGCGAGAAGAUGAGGUGCGGAGGACCGGAGGGCCGAGCCGCAUCCCGGGACCCGUUAACCAGCGUUAACCAGGAUGGACGUGUGCAGUAGGAAUCCGAACCGCACGGCGCCGGUGGGCGAGGACUGGCGGGCCGACGGGUCGCGGCGGGCCGACGUGCCGCUGUGCUCGCGGACUAACGGCUGGUCGUGGCCUCCUCACCCCUUCCAGCUGCUCGCCUGGCUGCUCUACGUCUACUUUGCCGUCACCGGCUUCGGCGUGUUCGUGCCGCUGCUGCCGCCGCACUGGAUCCCUGCAGGCUACAUCUGUACCGGCGUCAUGUUCGUCUGUCACCUGUGUGUCCAUGUCAUGGCCGUGUCCGUCGACCCGGCCGACCACAACGUCAGAACCAAGAGCGAGCGCGGCCCGGUUCCCGUGUUCGACCGCUCCAAGCACGCUCACGUCAUCGAGAACUGCCACUGCUACCUGUGCCAGGUGGACGUAGGACCGAAGUCGAAGCACUGCAGCGCCUGUAACAAAUGUGUGGCCAACUUCGACCAUCACUGCCGCUGGCUCAACAACUGCGUGGGCAGCAGGAACUACAAGUUGUUCCUCCACAGUGUGGUCUCGGCUCUGCUCGGCGUCUGUCUGGUUCUGGUCGUCUCCUCCUACGUCUUCAUUGAGUUUUUCAUGGACCCGUCCAAACUGCGCACUGACAAGCACUUCCUGGUGAGGAAUGAGACAGGUGUGUGGUUCGUCUUCCUACCUGUGGCUCCGCUCCGAUCGGCUGCAGCAGUCAUCCCCGUCCUGGCUGCCGUCACCGUCGCUCUGUCUCUGCUGUCCUCUGGGCUGCUCUGCCACCUGCUCUGCUUCCACAUCUACCUGAUGUGGAACAGACUCAGUACCUAUGAGUACAUUGUGCGACAGCGCCACCGUCUGGACAGCAGAGACUCCAGGAAACCAGGAUCAGUGAAGGAGACAGCAGCUGCUUCAGUCCUGAAGGAUGUGAGCUACUCAGGAACUCUGGGCUACACCAACCCUCAGCUGGACGUGGAGGAGCCGACCGCUGUGGCCGCGCACAGGGAGGCAGAGUUCCUGGCUAAUGGCAGAGUGAGGAAUGCGUCCAGUUCUGUCAUGGAGGAAGACGCUCCGCCCACCAACUCUACAGAGACGAAAGCAGCAGCACACACACACAGACACACACAGAAGAAGAAGAAGGUUCGUAAAGUCCCAGCAGAGGUGAGCCGAGAGCGCUGCCCGCCUGCAGCCCCGCCCACAGAACCCAGCACUGUGUCCUCCGGGUCUCUGAGUCAGCGCCUGCCUUUCCCAGCAUUCCCUCUGAGAGCGUCGCUGCCGCCGCUGGCCGCCACCGGCCCUGUCCAGGCUGCCGCCCCCCCCGCCGAGUACCACUCAGACUCUGCAGAGUCUCUGGAGGAGAUCCCGGUGGCGCUGGCCAAGCUGGGCUCCUCAGCUGGCGGCAACGCCUCCACGUCUUCGCAUUGGACCGGACUUCAGUGCAACAGUUUGUGCAGAACUUCUGUGUGUCCCUGGACUCAUUCAGUACGUCUGUGA